AUGACGACUCUGGAACAGUAUUUCGCAGGGGAGCGGGAAGGAUACUUUUAUAGAGAAAAGACAUUUGUGGGGACAGAUGAAGAAUAUGUUGAGGCCAAGAAGAACUCAUCAACCGUUUUUAUAUCUAAUAUCCCCAUAAGUGUCCGAGAGGAACGAAUAUGGGAGCUAUUUUUGUUAUGUGGAGAGGUAAAAAGAGUUAUAAUGGGGCUGAAUAGAAACACACUGAGGUUCUGUGGGUUCUGUUUUGUCGAGUUCUAUACUGUACAUUCUGCAGACAUGGCAGUUAAGUAUAUAAAUGGAUUUCGGCUUGACCAGAGCCCUCUGUCUAUUGACAAGGACUAUGGAUUUGUAGACGGAAGACAAUAUGGAAGAGGCGUGUUUGGAGGCCGUGUCAAGGUAGACAAGAUGUAUCUUGAAGAUAGACACCAGAGGGACGGCACCAAGAGGAGAAGGCAGGGAAAGUUUUUGCGAUAA